AGUCAUUACAACAAAAUGUAAGGACCUUUGCUGUCUUAUUCAAAAUAGAGGGAUCUGAAAGCUAUUUCAACAAAACUCGCGUCGUGAGUAAUUUUCUGGCUUGUGCCUCUACUCAUUUGGGCAGGUUAACGCCCGGGUCAAAAUACAACCAAACCCUAAACAUCUAAUCAGAGAUCUAUUCACUCUUCCAUUUUCCUUCAGUCGUUCGUCGUCCACCUCAGGUUAUUGUGAAGCCACUAAGAAAUAAUCUUCUGCCAUGAGUAAAUUACAAAGUGAUGCAGUGAGAGAGGCAAUCUCCACAAUAAAGGGGAAUUCUGCUGAGAAGAAACGCAACUUCACUGAGACAAUUGAGCUCCAAAUUGGCUUGAAGAACUAUGAUCCCCAAAAGGACAAACGUUUCAGUGGUUCUGUUAAAUUGCCACACAUUCCCCGUCCCAAGAUGAAGGUCUGCAUGCUUGGUGAUGCUCAGCACGUGGAAGAGGCGGAAAAAAUUGGUAUGGAGUAUAUGGAUGUGGAAGGGCUGAAGAAACUCAACAAAAACAAAAAGCUGGUGAAGAAGCUUGCAAAAAAGUACCAUGCCUUCUUAGCAUCUGAAGCUGUGAUCAAGCAAAUCCCCCGUCUCUUGGGCCCUGGUCUUAACAAAGCAGGAAAGUUCCCAACAUUGGUCACUCACCAAGACUCCUUAGAGAAUAAGGUUAAUGAGAUUAAAGCAACAGUGAAAUUUCAGUUGAAAAAGGUGCUCUGCAUGGGGGUGGCUAUUGGUAAUGUGUCCAUGGAGGAGAAGCAAGUGUUUCAAAAUGUUCAAAUGAGUGUCAACUUUCUUGUCUCUCUCCUCAAGAAGAACUGGCAAAAUGUGAGGUGCCUGUACUUGAAGACUACCAUGGGAAGGCCAAUUCGGGUCUUUUAAGUUAGUUUAUGGAGUGUAUUUCUGUACUGCUAAGAUUUCUUGUUCCUCUCCAUCAGAAAUUUUAUUUCCUUUUUUUAAAUUGAGUUUUGUUAGUAUCAUGGAUUCUGAGCAAACAUUUACUGGAAUGAUCAGUCAAAUAUUUUUAUCAUCUGAUAUAGUGAAUUUAGAUUGGAAGUACUCCCCCUAUCCCCAAAAAACUUUACGGGAGUAGAAGAAAAGUUUGAAACUUGA